AUGCCUCGCAGAUCGAGUCGGAAGUCGGAAAAAGAGAUAAUCGAGACGGUCAUCAGCGAAGGAACUUCUACCACGCCCAAAGAGGGCCGCAAGUCCCUCAAGGUCGAAGCCAAUGAAGCUGUUACGAAGGUCUCGCCCACAAAAUCGGCAAAGAAGAAGAUAAAGAAAGAGGUCGAAAUUGAUGAGGAAGAAGAUGAUACACAAGAGACACCUGUGGUUCCAAAAAUCAAUCGAGUCAAAUCCAAAACUGUUGUAAAAGAGGAAACCGAGCAAAAGCCCAAGAAGACACCUGCUAAGCGGAAGGCAAAGACGGAGGAAGACGAGGACGACGCGAAUGAUACCAAAGUGAAAAAGAAACGGAAGACAAAGGAAGAGAAGGAAGCAGAAGCUAUGCCGUUGGCUACACGAACCGUGGUUAGCACCUUGAAGCAGGCUAUGCAUAUUGGAGCACAUGUUAGUGCUGCUGGAGGAGUACAAAACUCUUUAAACAACUCACUCCACAUUGGAGGCAACUCCUUUGCCUUGUUCUUAAAGUCGCAGCGAAAGUGGACCAGUCCACCUCUUGCUACGGAAGCUCGCGAUCAGUUCAAGGCCUUUUGCUUGGAACACAAAUACGAUGCGGCUAAGCACAUACUUCCUCAUGGCUCAUACCUCGUCAAUCUUGCUCAAAUUGAGCCUGACAAGGCCGACCAAGCAUAUGCAUGUUUCCUGGAUGAUUUACAACGCUGUGAAGCUCUUGGAAUCAAGCUGUACAACUUCCACCCAGGAAGUACGGGCAAACAUCCGCGGCCUGAGGCAAUUGGACGUAUUGCAGCACAGUUGAACAAGGCACAUAAGGCAACCAGCACUGUGAUCACAGUCCUUGAAAACAUGGCCGGUGCUGGGAAUGUUAUUGGUUCCACCUUUGAGGAUCUUCGAGACAUAAUUGCCCUUGUUGAUGACAAGUCCCGGGUUGGUGUGUGUUUGGAUACAUGCCAUACCUUCGCUGCCGGGUAUGAUUUGAGAUCACCAGAGGCUUUCAAGAAGACGAUGGAUGACUUCGAAUCUAUUGUCGGCAUGUCAUAUCUUAGAGCGCUGCAUUUGAAUGACAGCAAAGCACCACUUUCCGCCAAUCGAGAUCGGCACGCUAACAUUGGCACUGGAUUCCUAGGCCUAAGAGCAUUUCACAAUGUCGUUAAUUUUCCACCGUUUCAAGGCCUGCCUAUGGUUCUUGAGACACCUAUUGACAAGAAAGGCGAUGAUGGCAAGAUGGUGGAGGAUAAGGGAGUCUGGGCUACAGAGAUCAAACUUCUAGAGGGUCUUAUUGGGACUGACCCGGAGACGGAAGAUUUCGAGGUGGAGGAACAGCGCUUACAAGACCUCGGAGCGGACGAAAGGGAAAAGUUCCAAGGUCAGGUGGAUAAGAAGAAACAGAAGACUCUAGACUCGAUGUUCAAGAAAGCCUCACCUAAGAAGAAAGCUAAGAAGGAUAUCGAUGAGGAUGAAGACGAAGACAGUGAUGGCGGCUGUAACCAUUAA